CCCUCCUCCCUCCGCACGCAGAGAGCAACAGGUCUAAAUCCUGUCUGUGCACUGCGGAUAUCAAGGGCCUGAAGUACUGACUCUGAAUCAUUUUAUUUCAUUGCAUUGUUCCUACUCUCUAUAAACAGGAGUCAUGGUAUUUCGGACAGCAGUAGAGCAUGCUAAGAGGCACCCUGGGCUCAUCCCCCAGUUCUUCUUCAUCUGUUUGGGAAUGGGCGGGGCAUCCAUGUAUCUGCUCCGGUUGGCUAAAGGACCCCAUGUCACCUGGAACAAGACCAACAACCCAGAGCCAUGGAAUAAACUUGAUCCCACGUAUCAGUACAAGCUGGUGGCCAUCACCACCGACUACAAAAACCUAAAGAAAGACGGACCUGAGUUCUGAAUCUCUCGCUGGCUUGAAAAAGUAACAGAAAAUCCUGAUCUAGGGUCAGAUCCACUCCCCCUCCCCCCUUGAUGUUGUCACCGUAUAGUUGUAAGGUGAAAUGCAUUCUAGAUCAGGAUCUGUAAAUCUUUAGUGUCUCUGUGCCUGUGUGAUGUUUGCGAAGCAUCUGGUGAUCUGGUAAAUGUGACCAGCAUUGUCAGUGAAUGGAUCCUGAAGGCACAUAUGAAUAUGGAAAAAGUCGAAUAUGUCCACUUUCUACAUAAUUGCACCUGUGCAAGUGGUAUUGUUUUUUUUGCCAAUUUAAUGCAAAUAAGGGAUGCUGUAUCACAACUGUUUUGUUAACCAUGCUGUUGCUGUUUUAGAAAUUUCAGUGUAUCAUUUUGAAAGUUUCAGGCAUCUAUUGGUUUCUGUUUACCUCUUAUCACAUAUAAAAAUGAAUUAUCAGACACACAAAAAAAUAAAAAUCAAUGAUGACAGAUGACAAAAAAAGACAGGGAUGCAUAAACUUGGCUGGACUCUUUCAAUAAACAGUCCGUCUGUUUCAUGUU